AUGUCCUCCGCCGCUCGUUUCGAUUCGUCGGACCGCUCCAGCUGGUACGUGGGCCCGGUGUCCCGGGCGGAGGCGCAAACGCGGCUGCAGGGGCAGCGGCACGGCAUGUUCCUGGUGCGGGACUCGUCCACCUGCCCGGGGGACUACGUCCUCUCGGUGUCCGAGAACUCCCGCGUUUCCCACUACAUCAUCAACUCCCUGCCCAACCGCCGAUUUAAGAUCGGCGACCAGGAGUUCGAGCACCUACCCGCGCUGCUGGAGUUCUACAAGAUCCACUACCUGGACACCACCACCCUUAUCGAGCCCGCGCCCAGGUACCCAAGUCCACCAAUGGGAUCUGGAUCUGCCCCUGCCAUGUCCACUGCAGAAGAAAACGUGGAAUACGUUCGGACUCUCUAUGACUUCCAUGGCAACGAUGCCGAGGAUCUCCCAUUUAAAAAGGGCGAGUUACUGGUAAUUGUAGAGAAGCCAGAAGAACAGUGGUGGAGUGCCAGAAACAAGGAAGGUCGCAUUGGGAUGAUCCCUGUUCCUUAUGUAGAAAAGCUAGUCAGACCUUCUGUUGGGAAGCAUGGAAACAGGAAUUCCAACAGUUACGGUAUUCCAGAACCUGCCCAUGCUUAUGCUCAGCCUCAAACCGCAACUCCCCUUCCCUCAGUAUCCAGCACACCUGGAGCAGUGAUCAACCCUCUGCCAAACACACAGAAUGGACCAGUCUAUGCCAAAGCUGUCCAAAAGAGAGUACCCUGUGCUUAUGACAAGACUGCGCUGGCAUUAGAGGUUGGAGAUAUUGUGAAGGUGACGAGGAUGAACAUAAACGGGCAGUGGGAAGGAGAAGUCAACGGUCGCAAAGGGCUCUUCCCUUUCACACAUGUCCAGCUAUUCGACCCUCAAAACCCAGAGGAGAACGAAUGACUCCCUCUGCCCAAUUCACACUGCUGCUUCAUUUUCCUGGCUCUCAUUAGCAUUGUUUGAGGUGGGAUGAUGACUUAAUGGCACAUUGCUAGCAUUGCCCAUUUUCCAGCUUGCUGCAGUUUGACAGUUCUUUUAAUAUACAUUUGGAAUACAUACAGCUGAAGUCACUGCCUGACCUUCAGACCAUAGUUGCGUCAUCCAGAAUUUAGUUUCACUUUUAGAACUUUAUUGGGCCUUAAGCUGGAGAAGACUGAACCGGAAUAUAGCAGAGAGGUGUGGGGAAAAAACCUUUCCUGGUGAGACUUCCGCGGACUUUUUCUGGUUUACUCAGUAGGAAGAGCCCUAAUCUUAGAUCAAACAUGCAACUCGUGUAUUACUGUCCAACAAAAAGCAACAACAAAAAUGCAAUUUUAAGAACUGAAGAAGAUUUAGUUUUGAAAGAACCUAGUCCUAAGGUCAUACAUUUAAAAUGAUGGUUUCUUUAAAGGAACAAUAUUGGAGCUUACCUAUUCUAAGCAGUUGUAUUAGACACUGCUCUUUUCUGUUAACUCUUAAGCGUGUUGUUGACCUUCUUGAAACAGUGUGUGUUAAAUGCAAAUAACCAUUGAUUGAGCUGCAUUGAAGCUGAGGCAUUUAUUUAUAAGGCAACCUAGGAGGGGUUGAUACUCGUAACUUGGUUUUGACAUAUUUAAUGCAUUUCUGUUACUUUUUGCAAGCACUAACUGUAGAAAGUGAGCUUUAAGGGGAAACACUUUGGCCUGGUCUACAUACAGCUCUUCUGCAGUGUUGAAAGUGCAGUGUUACUAGUACAGUAGUGCUUG